CUGUUAUGGACGUAUUAAAAGAAGGUGUUUAUAAAGAAAGAUCGUCUUUGGAAUCUCAUGAAACUUCUGAAGGAUUGGAUAGGGGAGCUAAUACCAAAAUUGCAAUUGUUAGUACCGUGACAUCUUCAGAUGGAUCGUAUGUGGAAUAUGAAGUUGCACAUAAGAAGCGAUCUGUUUGGAGGCGGUAUUCAGAUUUCGAAUCUUUAGUAAAAUUGAUGCAUAGACGUUAUCCAGCAGCCAUUGUACCUCCAAUUCCAGGGAAGCAAUCACUACUAAGCUAUGCAAAGAAUCCUAGAAAAGCCAAAAAUGAUGCCGACUUUUUGGGAUUUCGUUCCCGUAUGCUUGAACUCUUCCUUCGUCAGUGCUUCUUACAUCCCUUAAUCCGUGUCGACUCGGAUUUUGACAAAUUUAUCAAUUCUAGCGUUUCAUGGAAUGUCAUAAUUUCCUCUAUGAAUUUACCAAAAGAUUCGACAGAUCCUCUUCGUCUACCCCCAAUUGGUACUGAACCCGACCCUUUUGCUCACUUGCGCUCUUCUAUGCCUUUAGUAAUGUCUAACGCCAUAAGCCCACCAUCCUCAAUAAGUCAAAAACAAAAAGUUUCGUCUCAAACAGCCCGUCCCACCAGUAACCCUUCCACCACGUCUUCUAUAGAUGGACCUGUCUAUCCGGAGUCUGAAGACGAAGUCAAGCAUCCACCGACAUCUAGUGAAGCGUUUACAACACACGAGUCAGAUGAUAAUAAUUCUUCUGCUUCUAUUCAAGACCGUUCCUCGUACCUCCCGUCAGCCAUCGAUGGACUUUCCAUAACCUCAAAUCCCCAAGACACUAACCGCUCAGAAACCAAAGAUUUAACAUCGUACACGAAUGAAGUAAUACUUUGCCGGAAGUUUCUUCACCAUAACCUCAGUCCUUCUAUUCAUUCUACUUUAAAUGGAAUUUCUAAAAUGGAGUCAUCUCUCUCCAAAUUGGGAUCAGCUUUUCAUUCAUUAACUGCCUUAAAUGAGAUUCACUUAGCAAACCAUCUACAGGUAAUUGCUAAUGCAUUCGAAUUUAGUGGAAUGUAUGCAAAGGAAUUAGAGCAAGAGUUUAACUCCGCUGUGUACGAAAAACUAAUUCAGUCAAUGCAGUUAGCCCGCUCCGCUGUUAGGGCCCUUAAAUACAAGAAUUUAAAAAUCCAACAGAGAGAUUUUCUACAAGAUCAGUUGGUUCAUUCAAGCUCUUUUAAUUCCCUGGAAUCAUCGUCGCCCUCUGCUCAGCCAUCCAACCGGCUAAAUUCAAUCCAACGUGCAAUGAUAUCGCAAGCAAAAAAGGGCUACACAAUUUUUGGAAGAUUACAGAAUGCAAUUUACGAUUUUGUCGACGGCGAAACAUCUAUUAGCAAGGAAACGUUACAAGAGCACACAAAAACUAUUGAAAACCAACUAAACGUUGCAAAUCAGGAUUGUCAAACGAUCGAUAAACUCAUUGAUGAAGAACUAGAAUUCUACAAAGCAUGCCAAAGCACUCAAUUGAAAGAGAUAGUGAACGCGGUUCAUGCUUCCAUAUCAAAAUGGGCACAAUCAAAUUUGCAACGAUGGUUGCGAACAAGAGAAGAGUUAGAGCAAUUGUCGAGAAGCAUAUAGCAGCUGUUCAUUUUUGAUUCUUGGUUCAAGAAGAGCACCGCACGCUUAUUUAAUGUCAGUUACGAUUUAUGAUGAUGACUUUUUUAAUUGUUUAUAUGCAAUCUUUUUAAUACCUGUUGAUCAUGUAUAUUAAUUAUAUUAAUUUAUUUCUCCUAUCACA